AUGCUCCGUCGGUUUGUCAGAAUGGCCACCACCUACUCCAGCGCCACUCCCGGGCCCAUCGAGCUUUCCAUCUGUCAGAAGGUCACUGAUGCCCUCAAUCCCUCCCACUUGAAAGUGGCCAACGACUCGAAAAAGCACGCUCACCACGAGGGGAUGGUCGGCGCCGAUAACGUCAAGGAGUCCCAUUUCCGCCUCGAAAUCGUUCUGGAUAAGUUCCAGGGAUUAAACUUACCCGCUCGUCACCGGUUGGUCUACGGCUUGCUUGACGAUGAGUUCCAGAAUAAGGGUUUACACGCGCUCCAGUUGAAGACCAAGACCCCUACCGAAUGGAACAAAUAG